UGUUGAGAAGAUGGGAGCACUUAUAAUCACGUUGCAUAAGAAGAAAGCUGAAAUGCAGAAGGCAAUCAGUGCUUAAUCCAGUGCGAUUGGCAGUUUUGUCCCAUAGACUAUAUGUAGUCUAGUGGACGUUAAAAUAAUUUUUCCUUCUAACUUCUCUCUUUUCAACCAUGUUUUUUAGGAUUCGUUUUUCUGUUUCAGUUAAAAUCAAUCAACAGAUAUUUUUGCGACUUGAGUUGCCAAGCACAGGGUUUACCUAUUCAAACUUAUAUUGAAAACACUGUAUUUAUUGUCAUCAACAAAAUGCGUACAGAGCUCAUGGAGUUAGCAGCGGUGUUGCUUAAUUCGAAAGCCCGAGCAUAAACAUGGCAUUAUUCGCAUUAUCACUUCGCUUUGCAGCCCAAAGCCCAAAUACGCAUUUGUUCGUUAUUCGCCAAUACGCCAAAUUGAGUAUGGCAGUUCAAAACGAAUUGCAGGGCAUCGACAUGAACGUCGAGUUAUCUGCCUUUUGCAGAGAAGGCGAACUGAAGGAGGCCCUCACGCUUCUGCAAUUUAUGGAAAAAAAUCGCAUACCCAUAAAAUCAUACGCUUACGAUUGUCUCUUGCAGACCUGCGCCCGCGCAAAAUCAUUGCCACAAGGUAAGGAAAUCUAUUCUUACAUGAAAGCUUCUGGGCUCGAUCAAAAUGUAGUUCUAGCUAAUAAACUUGUGAGCAUGUUUAUUGCCUGUGGAAGUUAUGUUGAUGCACGCUCUGUUUUUGACAAGGUAGAAAACAGAGAUAUUAUCUUAUGGAAUGUAAUGAUUAGUGGAUAUGUAAGUUGUGGACUGUCUGAAAAAGCUUUGGCACUUUAUUACCAGAUGCAAAAUGAGGGUUUCAAGCCUGACCAUUUCACGUUUCCCUGUGUUUUGAAGGCAUGUGGUGCCCUAUUAGCUCUAGAACGAGGGAUAGAAAUCCAUGAUUUUAUUUUAAGUAUUGGGCUUGAGUCAGAUAUUUUUGUGGCUAAUGCCCUCGUAGAUAUGUAUGCAAAGUGUCGGGUUUUGGAUCUUGCACGCCAGGUGUUUGACAAAAUGCCCGAACGAAGUGUCGUCACCUGGAAUACCAUGGUUGCAGGUUAUGUUCAGAAUGGGCAAGUUGAGGAGGCUUUUAAUUUGUUUAAUCAAAUGCAAGUGGAGGGAGUAGCUCCAAACCCGACAACUGUAGUAAAUGUUCUCCCCGCCUGCGCUAAUGCACAAGCAUUGAGACAGGGUAAGGAGAUUCAUUGUUUUGUUAGAAAGCGAGGAAUUGAUUCAGAUGGCUUUGUGGGCAAUGCUCUUAUAGAUAUGUAUGCCAAAUGUAGGAGGAUAGAUGAUGCAAUUAAAGUGUUUGACAAAAUGUCCCCGGUGGAUGUUGUCUCAUGGAAUGCCAUGGUUGCUGGUUUUAUGCAGAAUGGGUUUUAUGUUGAUGCCUUGAAGUUGUUUCGAAAAAUGCAAACAAUAGGUGUAAAAGCAAACUCGUUUACGUUUGUGAGUGUUCUACCUGCUUGUGGCCGGCUAAAAGCUCUGCAACAAGGAAGGGAGGUCCAUGCUUGCGUAAUUAAAACUGCACUUGAGUCACAUGUCUUUGUUGGAGGGGCCCUUGUAGAUAUGUAUUCCAAAUGUGAGAACAUAGAGGAUGCAAAGCAAAUAUUUUACAGAAUUUCUCAUGGAGACGUAGUCUCUUGGAAUGCAAUGAUUGUGGGCUAUGUGCAAAACGCACAAUGUGAGGAGGCAUUUAAACUAUUUCAUCAAAUGCACCAGCUUGGCCCAAAACCCAAUUCUGUAACUAUUGCUAGCCUGCUUCCUGCUUGCACCCGCUUAGUGGCUCUCCAUAAGGGCAAGGAGCUGCAUGAUUACAUAGUAAGAAGGGGAUUUGAUGCCUAUAUAGUUGUGGGCAAUGCCCUUGUAGACAUGUAUGCAAAAUGUGGGAGUAUGGUGGCUGCAUACAAGGUUUUUGAGAAUAUGAAAGAGAGAACGGAAGUUUCAUGGAAUGCAAUAAUUUCAGCAUUUGGAAUGCACGGGCAUAUCGAUAAAGCACUCACCCUCUUUGCUCAGAUGCAGGAAGCAGGCUUGAAGCCAGAUCACAUCACAUUUGUAGCUGUUCUAUCUGCUUGCAGUCAUUCGGGCCUUGUUGAUGAGGGUUGGAAUUAUUUUGAUUGUAUGAGUCAAGAUUUUGGCAUUAUGCCUAGGAUGGAACAUUAUGCAUGCAUGGUUGACCUUCUUGGCCGUGCUGGCAGGCUGGAUGAAGCAUAUGAUUUAAUCAAUAACAUGCCUUUCGAACCGGAUUCUGAUAUAUGGGGUACCUUACUUGCUGCCUGCAAAAUUCACUGCAAUAUAAAGUUGGCAGAGCAAGCAGCGGAACAUCUUUUUAAGUUAGAACCUGAAAAUACUGGAUUUUAUGUAUUGAUGUCAAAUAUAUAUGCUUCUACAGGCAGAUGGUGUGAUGUUGCAAAGGUAAGAAAAAUUAUGAGAAACCGUGGAAUGAGAAAGAAACCAGGAUGCAGUUGGAUUGAGGUUGACAGCAAUGCUCACGAUUUGUAGUCAGAGACAAGUUAAACUCGCCGUUAGAGGCAACCAAUGAAUGUGGCAGAACUUCUUUCUGAGUCAAAGCCUGAAAAUACUGGGUUUUAUGUGCUGAUGUCAAACAUAUAUGCUGCUACUGGCAGAUGAUGUUGUGAAAGCAUGAAUUAUUCAUAGAAACUGAGGAAUGACAAAGAAGCUGUGUUAGGUUGGAUUGAGGUUGCCAACAAUGUUAAUGAGUUGUAGUUGGUGACAAGUUACCCGUGCAAAUGGAGGAAACCUAUGAAAUAUUGGAAAUCUUAAUUUAGCACAAAGUGGAGGAGAAAAUGGAACAUACUCUCUAUGUCCACAUUAAGAAUCUGGCCAUUUUCAUGGUCUCUUAAACACAUGCCAGGAAACAAUAUUGCUAAGAACCACUGUAAUUUGCUGUGCAUUCCACCAAAUUUGUUUCUAAAAGUUUUCAGCUGUAACAUAUGUAAAAAAUGCAGACCAUUUUCUCUAUUUCAGAGACGGAUGUUGCCCCUGUGGGUGUUGUGGUGAAAACAGAAAGAAUAAUUUUAGAGAUCUUUUAGAGAUCUUUAGAAUCUGCUUCAUGGUAGGCUAUAGCUGCCUUCGAUAGGGUGUUUCUAUCAUUUCGUUAGGAUGAUACGAUAGUAUUUUGAGAUGUAGAAUGUAAGAAUUAUAAUGUGAACUGGUAAAAAGCCACGCAGUAGUUUAUUAGGUGAAAGGUCUAUGUAGGAUUUUCAUUGUUACAUGGCAGACGAAGGAAUAACCUAAUAGUAGAAAUAAUAUGUUUGUUUCAGGUGGCCUGAGGGUAAGAUCAGGAGGUAUAAGACAUGAGGACAAUUCACCUUGACUUGUUUCAGAAAAUCAAAGCAUUUACCAUAAUUAAGGAUUCCAAGAUUCUGAGCGGGCUGUGAGGAAAAGUUUUCUCUUAAGGAAGAACUGGUCUUUCUUCACAUCCAAGGGAGGAAUAUGAAAUCUCUUAAGGGCCUCAAACUUUUGCAGUUGCUACAGCCACUUCUAUCGGAGCUGUCAUGUUCGGAAGCAAGAUUUCAUGGUUGGCAUCUCCCCUCAAAACCUAACUAUAGCACAAUAUACCAUUCUCAUAAAUUGUUCUUCUAUUCUACUCUUUGUUUCUUAAAUUUGGCACUCAAUUUCAAAUAUAUUUCGUGAAAA